AUGGCCGUCCCUCGACAAUGCCUUCAUAUUGCCGCGCGUUAUGGUCUCAUCAUCCAAAGACGUGCCAUAUCCUCACUUUCUAGCACAAAGCCGAAAACCGACUCGCUCGGAAUACCGUUGCGACCUACCUGGUCCGUAAACGACCUCUUGUCGUCCUAUCCCACCCCGAGUGUCAACCAUGCGGAGCUCGAGCAGCUGCACAAGCUCUCUGCUCUCAAAAUACCUGAGAAGGACUCUGACGAAUAUCACAAACUCAAGGGCGACUUGGAGGAACUCGUUCGACUCGUCGAGGCCGUGAAAUUGGUGGACACGGAAGGAGUUGAGUUAGCGGAAGCAGUGGUAUCGGCCGACAUACCCCCGGAGGAAGAAACACAAGAACAUACACCUCGUGGAAGGGGACUACUAGAAUACGCGCACCGUGUGAAGGAGGAGUUCUAUGUCGUUGAUACAGAUGCUCGCCAAUGA